AUGUAUACCAAGAAGGCUCUUGUCGCCCUCCUCGGAGGUCUGACCCUCUCUCUAGCUCAGACCUCCUCUGAGCAAACUCCCUCUGUAGCAGAGAUUGAAGCUGCUCGCGCUACCACUCUGCCACACUCGCCCGUCUCCAACGCGAAGGGCAAGUCCUUCCAGCGUUUCAUCAACAUCUGGCUGGAGAACACCGACUUCGAAUCCGCCGCCAACGAGGGCCACCUCGCAAAGCUCGCAAAGAAGGGUCUAACCCUCACCAACCUCUGGGCCGUCACUCACCCCUCAGAGCCCAACUACUGCGCCUCCGCCGGCGGCGACACCUUCGGCAUGGACAACGACGACUUCAUCCAGAUCCCCUCAAACGUCUCCACCAUCGCCGACAUGUUCGACACCAAGCACAUCGCCUGGGGCGAGUACCAAGAGCACCUUCCCUACCCCGGUUACCAGGGCUUCCGGUACCCGACCUCGGGAGCAAACGACUAUGUCCGGAAACACAACCCCAUGGUCCUCUUCGACUCUGUCACCAAGGACGCGACGCGUCUUAGGCAGAUUAAGAACUUCACCUCCUUCUACGAGGACCUAGAGAACCACGCGCUGCCGCAGUACGCCUUCAUCACACCCAACAUGACCAACGACGCACACGACACAAACAUCUCCUUUGCCGGAACCUGGACGUGGGACUUCCUCAUCGACCUCCUCGACAACGAGUACUUCACCAAGGAUACCCUGAUCAUGCUGACCUUUGACGAAAACGACACAUACGAGCUCGGCAACAACAUCUUCACGUUCCUUCUCGGCGGCGCCGUCCCCAAGAACCUCAUCGGGAAGGAAGACGACACGUUCUACACGCACUACAGUAUCAUCGCCUCGCUCUCUGCGAACUUUGGUCUCCCCUCGCUGGGCCGCUGGGACUGCGGCGCGAACCUGCUCAGUUUCCUGGCCGAGAAGGUCGGAUACAUCAACUGGGACGUCGACACGACGAACUUGUACCUGAAUGUUUCGUACAAUGGGCCGCUUUCUGAUGGCUCGUAUGCGGAGAAGACGUACGAGUGGCCUGUUCCGGCGACGAGUGGGAAGUGCUCGGGUGGCCAUGGCAUUCUGGAUGUUGUCAAGAAGACUUGGGGGCAUUUGAGUGCCACUCAUGAUUAUUCGAGCCCGGUUCCUUUUGACAAGGAGACUGGGAACAGUGUUGGGAUUAAGUAUAGCCGGAAGCUGAAGAACGGCAAGACUGAGAAGCAUGUUACCGGACGCACGGAUGGAACCUGCGCCUAG